UCACGGAAUCGCAUUGAAAGCGCAUCGCGCAUUCAACAAAUCGAUCGAUCGCUCGCAUUGUCGUACUUCGUACUGAAUCAAGAACCCCCUCGAUCGCCUCCCUCCCUCAGGUCUCUGCUGAAAUCGACGCCGCCUUGCUCCGCCGCUGCCGUCUUCUCCCUCACCAUAUUCCUCGUCGUCUCGAAAAGCUGCUGAAUCGUCUCCAUGUUCCGGAAAGCGUCGAGCCCUGCCUCCACUAGCUCCUCGUCGCCCCCAGUCUCUUCGACCAAAUCCUGGAUGCUCAAGAUCGUCGACAUCAUCGUCGGCAGAGUAUGGCCGAGCCUCUCCAGGCCCUGCUCCAGCGAAGCCGCCUCCGCCGUCGAGGAGCUCAACCUCUCGCGAGCUGCCGCGGCGGCCCCUCUGGCCGUGUGGCGGGCGACGGUGAGGGCGAUUUCGCUUCGCGGUCGGGCGGCGGCGGCGGGGGGUGGUUCUAAUUGAGGGAUCGAAGGGUAAUCGAAGGGGAGAGGGGGAAUGGGAGUCGGUGAAUCGGGGGGAGGAGGGUGGGAGGAUCCAGCGAAGGGGGGACGGAUUGGGGAGUCGGCGGGGGGAGGAGGGUGGCUGGCGCCGGAGAAGGAGAACGCGAUGGGAGUCGGAGGAAUGCGGAGGGAGGAAGGGAAGGGGAGAUCGGAGGGCAGAGGAGGGGUAGGAGGAGGAGACCCUUCUGGGGGAAGAGGAAGGGAGGCGCCGGCGGCGGAAGCGGUGGGUUUGGAACUGCGCGCGCGAGUGGUCUUUCCCUUCUUCUUCUUCUUCUUGGGAGCCAUCGGAGUUCGAUCGGGGAAGUCUGAAACAUUGUUUUCCUAUAAAUAGGGAUCGAAAGCAUUGCGUCAUCAUUCGCAUUCAUUUAUUAAUAUUUUUUUAAAAUCAUUUUUUGCAGAAUUUUUAAAAAAAACUUCAAAAUUUUAUUUUAACGAAUCAAAUAAUUUUAAGAAAUAUAAAUGAAUUACGAUUUAAUUUAUUUUAUGAUAUUUAUAUGGAUUUAUUUUUUAAGUGGCCUGUAAAGCAUACCGAGCGGCCCGCGUCGACUUGCUUUUGUUUUCUUCCUUUUUCGGCGGCGCAAUCUGCCAUGAGAUCUCGAUUCAAGCUUCGUCUUCACGCAGCAAGAUCUUGCUACCUUUUCGUCUUUGGAUCUGAGCGGACCUCGAUCUACUCUUGUAGAAAGCCCUCUCCUUCUCAGUCAUUGCUGCGCUCGCUAGAUCUUAUCGAGCCUUACUUUGCUGCCUGGGAUCCCUCCUCGUACAGCAAAGCCAUAAAAGCUUGAUCUUUCAAGUAUUUCUGUUGGGAGAAUUGGAGGAGAAUGGCUGCGAGAAUGCCUGGCGUCAUCGCUCUUUUUGACGUUGAUGGGACGCUCACUGAACCUAGGAAGGGGAUAACGCCGCGAAUGCUCGAGGUCAUGCGGGAACUGAGGAAGGUUGUCACCGUAGGUGUUGUUGGAGGAUCUGACCUGGUUAAGAUUACAGAACAACUUGGAAAUUCAGUUCUAAAUGACUAUGACUAUGUAUUCUCAGAAAAUGGUCUUCUUGCUCAUAAAAAUGGGGAACUAAUUGGUCGACAGAGUUUGAAAUCAUUCCUUGGGGAUGAUAAACUGAAGGAGUUCAUUAAUUUUACUCUCCAUUAUAUUGCAGAUUUAGAGAUUCCAAUAAAAAGGGGAACUUUUAUAGAGUUCCGAAAUGGAAUGCUGAAUGUCUCUCCAAUUGGAAGGAACUGCAGCCAAGAGGAACGUGAUGAAUUUGUUCAAUAUGAUAAGGUUCAUAACAUACGACCAAAGAUGGUCUCUGUGCUACGUGAAAAGUUUGCACAUUUGGAUCUAACAUUCGCGAUUGGGGGGGAAAUAAGUUUUGAUGUUUUCCCAAAUGGUUGGGACAAGACUUUCUGUUUGAAAUACCUUGAUGAAUUCCAAGAUAUCCAUUUUUUCGGUGACAAAACCUAUAAGGGAGGAAAUGACUAUGAAAUAUAUGUGUAUGAACGAACUAUUGGUCAUACAGGUUAUCCAUUGAAUGGAAGACACCCAUGAAUUUUGCUUAUUGCAAUGCAGAUAGGAUAGCUUGCUUAGUUAGACCUCAGAUAUAAAAAUUGAUUUAUGGGUCUAAUAAUUGCCUCCUGUGAAUUUACAUAUUCCAACCUCAUUUCUGAUAAUGGGACUUUCUCAUUAAGAUUCUGUGAUUCAUGUAAUUACUGUGAGAUUUAUAUUCAUCAAUAAAGCGUAGGAAAAGCUUCUUGCAGUCCUACAAUUGUAUAGCUGCGCUGUUGAUGAUAAAAGAAAACUUGCAAUAAGAGCUCGCAGAUUAAGAGGUUGUGCAGUUUACAGAUUCGAAAGGAGAGCCACUAUAGUCUGUAGGGUGCCUCUAAGUGAAAAUUAGUGUUUGAUUUUUUGUUGUAAAAGUUCUCCAGUAGGCUAUAAUUCCUCUCUUUCAAAUUCAUCCCUCACAUUUGUAGGGUGAUGAAGUUAAACACUAAUGUGACAUGAGACCUUAUCCCUUUAGCAGAACCCCACAACAAACAAGGGGCUCCGCAACUAGCACACCAGUAUUUAUCAAUUAUUAUGAAACAAAACUUUUAAACCUUGCAAUGAUGGUAGAUAUUGGUCUUGUUUGUUUUGCAUAACAUUUUUUAACCAACCGCGCUCUCAUUCAAGUUGCAGUAAUCCCCAUGUUAUCCGGCUAGUUUCAACCUUGCUUAGUGAUCAUCCUUAAUACAAAGAUCUCACUAUCGAUGACUUCAUUGAUAUCUUGCUC